AUGUCCCCCCUCCUCGCUGCCACGCUAAUUUUUGGCGUGUUGCCAGCCGUUUGGGGCAUCAAAACGGACCUAUGCACACCGACGUCUAUCGUAUUCCGAGGCGCCGAUUAUAUCAAGACUGGAAAGGGUCAACUGGUGCUCAUCUCUUUUAUGCCCCUCCAAUGCCCCAGAUGUCGGCAACAGCUGGAGAGGCUCUCCGCGCUAGCCACUACAAAUCACGGAGUUCGGGUGGCGGUCUUGGCGCCGCAUUUUGAGAAUUACGGUAUUAUUGGGAAGGUUCAGACCGAAUUCCCGCGUGUCCUCAUCGAUCGAGAUGUCGAUUCCACCUAUGAAAAGCUGGGAGUCCAGGAGCACGAGAUUGCCAUUUUUGACAAAUGUGGUCGAAUGGCGCACGUGAUCACAGCCGCUCGCUCGGACUUGGGACAAUUUUCCGAUACGAUUGAUACAUUAAAGUCGGCCCAAUCGCACGCAAUCUGCGGCUGGUGCAGCUACGGCAAGGCUGCUGAUGCUGGCGUCGAACCAAGGAACAUGGCAGCGAUUAGACCAAUGAAGGUUGACGUCUGGCUGAAGGCACAAAGUCAGCGACAGCGUGAGGAGGAGGAGAGAAGAUCCGGUACAAACCGCCCAGUCGCUCCCGGCUACAGCCCAUCGAAAAGCGGAAGUUAUCAGGCACGGCCUACGCAACCCUACGCAAGACCUCCGGCGCCGACGCAGCAUCAGAAUUAUAGGCAAAGGGAGGAGCAGAGACAGCCAAUGGCGAAUGGUCAUACCCAAUCAAGGCCUCAACCGACGAACGAGGCGAAGCGUGACGAAGGAUUCCAGCAAGUACGCGAAGAGCCAACCGUCACUUGGCAGACAAGUCCGAAGCAUGUUGCGAAGCCGCAGAAAAAGGCUGAAGUGUCGACGACGGUCCCAUCAAAAUAUCAAGAAGCCGACUACGACUAUUUCCUCGGCACCUCAAAUUCCGACCCUACCGAGAUGCCCGCCCAGACUCAAAUCCCAAAGCCGAGCCUGCAACCGUGGUGGGCCUCCCCGCCGCCCACCUUCGCCAUCACCCCGGAGCCGGUCAGGAAUUUCGAGAUGAUGGGCGAAGAGAAUAUCCCGUGCUCGGCAUAUACGGAUGACGUCUGCUAUCAUCAGCAAGAAAAAAUCGGCGCCGAGCACAUCUCGAAAUGCUGCACGAAACGGAUCUAUUUCACCGACCUAUGCGUCCCCGGCAAAUGCUCCAAUUCAACCAUCCAGCUGUGUUGUAUGCAAAAAUUUUUGCAGGCCCGGUUCGCGUGCUGCCAAGACGAGAGCCAAUCGGAUGGGGAUACUCCGACCGACAAGUUCAGUCGAUGCUGCUAUGAAUCGUUCUCGCAAGAGGAUGACUGUUGCCCGAAGCACGCUGCAAAGACCUAUUGGGAAAGCGCGAACGAGCUUUGCUUCCCGAACACUAAAGUUAGACUGGAGAAGAUUAGGCUUGAGGUCCGCUUCUCCGAAGGCGUCCGUGUCAUCGACUUGGGCGAGAAUCGCCUCUGGGACCACGAGUGUCCCCAUGGCGCCGCCCGUCAGCAGUAUGCCUACGUACCG